CCUGUUUUGUUUACUACUAUAUCGUUUCAUAGCCCAUCAUCCUCUGUAGCUCUCUUACUGUUCUUCUUCCUCCUUCUUCUUCUUUCUCCCUUUCUAGCAUUCAUCUUCUGUUCGUGUCUUAUUUUGAUUUAUCUCAUUUGAAUUUAUGGGAAGAAAGAAGUCAUUUUGAUAGGUGUUUUUAUUACCGAAACGCGUAUUCGUUUGUUUCACAGAAAGCUGGUUGAGUGAGUGAUUGAGGGAUCAAAGCAGAAUUUGUUCCAGCAAUAUUCAUCCUUUGGAGUACAUAUAUGUCGAUGAGCUUUAUCUGAUGGCGCAAUGAGUUUCUGGAUCCUGUUGUUGCCGAUACUUGAUUGAGAUGUUCUUAUUCUUUUGUUUUUCUCGCCUCAAACCCCCCCACCCCCCCGGUUGUUGGAGAUCAGCCAUUUUCAUGGUGGAAAUUGUUGGCGAGGCCGCAAUGCCUCGGUCUGUUUGAAAACUGAGCUCCUUCUCGUUGGUUGGACUCGAAUUUGGUCCUUUUGUUGCUUGUUGUUUUUCUUGAAUGAAUGAAAAUAUCACGGAAAACUCUUACUCUCUCUCUCUGAGUGUGGAAUGAUCGAGAUACCCAGCAGAUUGAGAUUGAGAUUUACGGUUUUGUUGUUUUGAAUUCCAAUCGAUUAUCAUAUUUCUUUAGAUUCGGUUGCUGGAGAGUCUCUGCAUCUUAAUCUGGUAACAAAUCUCACUGGCUGGUUCAAGCCUUGAGAUUAUUACUUCUCUACAGCGGUCGAGAUGUUUGUGAACCUGGAUUUCUCUAUUAGAUAUUCGGAAAAUAAUUAACAAGGGAACAUGACCAAACCUCCAGAAGAAUUCUUCCCUGCUCAUGGGGCGAUUCGCCGAGCUAAGAAGCUUUACCAGAGCUCGUUUGCUUUCUGCUAGAUUUUGUUGCAGAUAUCAGAGAGUAAGCAGCCCAGAUGGUGUUCCUCUGAGCAAUGUGAAAAGGUCCAUCACCAAUGGCAGAAUUCUCCACACCACGACGAAUACUACCAAAACAAACGUGAGCAGCACUAGUUGUUCUACUCUGGAAGGCAAAGGCUUUAGAUUCAGAUCCCCAUCUAGAACAACUCAAGACCAUAACACCACCCUCGAGGCUGCACCCACUUCUCCCCAAUCCGAGAAUCACCACCAUGACUCCCCACCACCACCAGCAAAGAACCACCAGGCACAGAUCCCGACCCAGAAUCCGAAACGCGACAGGAGUCCAAGUCCUAGUGUGAGUGCGAGUCCCAGCCCCGGCCGGGGUGCUGGAGCUGGUAACGGAGACAUGCUAUUGCAGUGGGGCCAAAGAAAAAGGGCAAGGGUCUCAAGGACAGAUGUCCGCGUACCGACCGAUGACUCGGCUUCAUCUUCAUCGUCAUCUGCUGCUAUCAAAUCCCAGAGGAGACUCACCCCCGCCUCAUCGAUGCCGCCGCCGCCGCCGCCACUGCCCCUUCCUCCCGCUUCUACUUCUAAUGGCACCACCAGACCCAGAAGGGAAGCUUCUUCCUUUCUUUCAAACAGGAAUUUAGAAGAGCGAUCUGGUUGUGGAGGAAAUGGGUCACCAUCAAGAAACGGUGGCAGGGUGUUGCCAAGAUCUACGGCGGGGAAACGAUCUCCUCCUCCUGCAAAACAUGAUAGAAAGGUGAUGCUUUGUUCUGGGUCAGCAAAAGAUGAGAAGCCAAAUGGAUCCUCUGAUCGUGUUGGGACUGCAAAUCAAACACUGUUGGAGCAGGAAUCCCGCCGUAGUAACGCUGCUGCUUCAUUGGCCGGAGGAGGAGGAGAAAAGGUGAAUUUUGAAGUGACUGAGUGGCCCAGGAUUUACAUUGCUCUGUCUAGAAAGGAGAAAGAAGAUGAUUUCCUUGCAAUGAAAGGCACAAAACUCUCUCAGAGACCCAAGAAAAGAGCCAAGAAUAUUGAUAAAGCUCUACAGUAUUGUUUUCCAGGGAUGUGGCUGUCGGACUUGACAAGGAAUCGAUAUGAGGUUCGGGAGAAGAAAUGUGUGAAGAAGCAAAAGCGAAGGGGUCUGAAAGGAAUGGAGAGCUUUGACAGUGAAUCCGAGUAGGGGGAAAGCUUGAUAUUCAAUUUUGCCAUCUCAAGCCUCUCUCUCUCUCUCUCUCUCUCUCUCUCUCUCUGAAGUCACAAAGCAAUUAUGUCUGUGUAUAGUUGGUGUGAUUGGGGUCCACAAACCACCACCACCACCACCUUCUGCAAUUCUAUCUGCCCCAUUGAUGAGUCUGUUACUUGGGUUAUUACUGUUAAUGAUAUUAUAUCAGGUGAGGUUGAGAGAUGCAGAAGUUUGAGAUACUUGGUAGGGUACUAUAAUAUCAUGAACUUGAUCCCUAUGAUGUCAACAUACUGUGAGACAAAGGGGUCAGAGGCUGUGGAGACAUGAAAAUCGAGAGGUUUCAGGCCCGGCAUCCUUUCAGAGAUGAGGGUCCCACUGACAUAUAAGAGCUUUUAUCACCAUCUUAUCUCACGUGCUCAAGCCACCUGGGGUUUCUCAAUUGCUUUGCUCUUUUUUUUUUUUGGGGUUUUUGUUUUUGUCAUUCAUUUUGCGUGAACUUCUUUGAUGUUGUUCAUGCUCUUCACCUGUAGGAACCUGCCCUGCAGUUUCUUCCCCAUCAAUCACAAAGAGCCGUUUCACCCUUUUUUAGGUUUUGCCUUGGUUCACGCUUUGGAAGUGUUUUUCUUUCCAUCUUAAAUGUGAAACUCUUUACAGCUAAUCCUAUGUUAUUUACCGUAUGAAAUCGCUCAAAGGAAUCAGACAACCA